AUGAUGUGUGAGGUGAUGCCCACCAUCAGCGAGACGGAAGGGCCCGGCGGGGGGAGCGGCAGCGGCCGCCGAGGCUCUGGGUCCCCACUGCAGUCAGACUCCGAGGGUCACUUUGAGUCGUUGAUGGUGUCCAUGCUGGAGGAGAGGGAUCGCCUUCUGGACACUCUAAGGGAGACCCAGGAGAACCUGGGUCUGACUCAGAGCAAACUGCAUGAAGUCAGCCAUGAAAGGGACUCCCUGCAGAGGCAACUCAACACUGCUCUGCCACAGGAGUUUGCUGCUCUGACGAAGGAAGUGAACAUCUACCGAGAGCAGCUUCUGGAGAAGGAGGAGGAGAUCGCAGAGCUGAAGGCAGAGAGGAACAACACCCGGCUGCUGUUGGAGCACUUGGAGUGCCUGGUGUCUCGUCACGAGCGCAGUCUGAGGAUGACUGUGGUGAAGAGGCAGGCUCAGUCUCCUGCAGGCGUCUCCAGUGAGGUGGAGGUCCUGAAAGCGCUUAAGUCACUUUUUGAACACCACAAAGCCCUCGAUGAGAAGGUGAGAGAAAGACUCCGCGUUGCUUUGGAGCGAUGCAGUGCAUUGGAGGAGCAGCUCGCCAUCUCUCACAAAGAACUGUCUUACCUCAGGGAGCAGAGCAGCCAGAAGAGAGGCCUGGCAGAUGGAACCAGCGAGGUCAACCACACGUCUGAAACCCCCCCCAGCACCAACGGCAAGCGCUCCUCGGAUGGUUCACUGAGUCAGGAAGAAGAGUCCGGAACCGGGUUUGGAAAGGUGGGGGAGCUCCAGGAGGUAGUGGACCGUCAGACGGCUGAUCUGGGCCAAAUGAAGGAACGCAUGGCUGCCAUGGUGUCACGCAUCAGUGAGCUGGAGGAGGACCUGGACACGGCCAGAAAGGACCUGAUCAAGUCCGAGGAGAUGAACACCAGGCUGCAGCGGGACCUCAGAGAGUCGAUGGCUCAGAAGGACGAUAUGGAGGAGAGGAUUACCACUCUGGAGAAACGCUACCUGGCCGCUCAGCGGGAGGCCACGUCCGUCCAUGACCUGAACGACAAACUGGAGAACGAGGUGGCCAACAAGGAGUCCCUCUACAGACAGUCCGAGGAGAGAAACCGGCAGCUGCAGGAGAAGCUGGAGCUGGCCGAGCAGAAGCUGCAGCAGACCAUCCGCAAAGCAGAGACUCUGCCUGAGGUGGAAGCUGAGUUGGCGCAGAGGGUUGCCGCCCUCACAAAGGCGGAGGAACGCCACGGCAACGUGGAGGAGCGGCUGAGGCAGAUGGAGGCUCAGCUGGAGGAGAAGAACCAGGAACUGCUCAGGGCGAGGCAGCGAGAGAAGAUGAACGAGGAGCACAACAGACGGCUCUCUGAGACUGUGGAUAAGCUCCUGUCAGAGUCCAACGAGAGGCUGCAGCUUCACCUCAAGGAGAGGAUGUCUGCUCUGGAGGACAAGAACGCCCUGAUUAGAGAACUGGAGCACACCAAGAAGCUGAUCGAGGAAUCGCACCAUGAGAAGGAGCAGCUCCUGAUCCAAAUUGAGACAAUGAGGGCAGAGAAUGAGCAGGGCAGGAGCAGGAGUAACUCCUCACUGCACGGGCGUUCCCAGCUGGGCAGCACCCCUGACUUCAGGUACCCCGUCUCUGCGUCCUCCAUGAUGGACAGCAACUCGGAGCAUUAUGGUGGCGCUCUGGUUCUGAGGCGACCUCAGAAAGGACGUGUGGCGGCGCUGCGGGACGAGCCGUCCAAGGUGCAGACUCUGAAUGAGCAGGAGUGGGAGCGCAUGCAGCAGGCUAACGUCUUGGCUAAUGUGGCCCAGGCCUUUGAGAGCGACAUGGACGUCUCGGAUUUGGAGGAGGACCGGGAGACCAUUUUCAGCUCAGUGGACCUGCUGUCCCCCGCUGGUCAGGCCGACGCUCAGACGCUGGCCUUGAUGCUGCAGGAGCAGCUGGACGCCAUCAACAACGAGAUCAGGAUGAUCCAAGAGGAGAAGGAGAGCACGGCCAUCCGAGCGGAGGAGAUCGAGUGCAGAGUCGGCAGCGGCGACGGCCUGGGUGGCCGCUUCCGCUCGCUGAGCUCCAUCCCACCGUCCCUCUGCGCCGGCUCAUCGCUGGGCGGAUCGCCGCCCAAUUCGGGCCAGUCCACCCCCAGACGCAUCCCCCGCAGCCCCAACAGGGAGCUGGACCGGAUGGGGGUCAUGACCUUGCCUAGUGACCUGCGCAAGCAUCGCAGGAAGUCUGCACAGGAUGACAAGGCCACCAUCAGGUGUGAGACGUCCCCCCCCACCACUCCGCGCUCCAUGCGGCUGAACAGGGAAGUAGGACACGCCUCCAGCCAUGAAGACAUCCGGGACAUUCGAGGUUUGGGAAGCUUGCAGGACGGCCAGGGAAGCAACCCCAGCAGCAGCAACAGCAGCCAGGACUCCCUCAACAAAGCGGCCAAGAAGAAGAGCAUCAAGUCUUCUAUUGGGCGCCUGUUUGGGAAGAAGGAGAAGGGCCGACCCAGCAUUCCCGGGAAGGACUCCCCCAGCCAGGCGGGGACGCCUGAUGCAGAGAGCUCUCCAAAGGACGGUCUGGGAAUGUCCACAUUAGGAGGUCCUUCCGAGAAGAACCGGAAGCUGCAAAAGAAGCAUGAGCUGCUGGAAGAGGCCCGCAGGCAGGGCCUGCCCUUCGCCCAGUGGGACGGACCCACUGUGGUGGCUUGGUUAGAGCUCUGGGUGGGCAUGCCUGCCUGGUACGUGGCUGCGUGCAGAGCCAACGUGAAGAGCGGGGCCAUCAUGUCGGCGCUGUCCGACACGGAGAUCCAAAGAGAGAUCGGAAUCAGCAACCCCCUGCAUCGCCUCAAGCUCAGAUUGGCCAUCCAGGAAAUCAUGUCCCUCACCAGCCCCUCAGCCCCGCCCACCUCCAGAACGUCUACAGGAAACGUUUGGGUCACACACGAAGAGAUGGAAAGUUUGGCAGCCACACCUCCUACGGAGGAUGAGGAGGGCAGCUGGGCCCAGACGUUAGCGUAUGGAGACAUGAACCACGAGUGGAUUGGUAACGAGUGGCUGCCCAGCCUGGGUCUUCCUCAGUACCGCUCCUACUUCAUGGAGUCCCUGGUGGACGCCCGGAUGCUGGACCACCUGACCAAGAAGGACCUGAGAGGACAGCUGAAGAUGGUGGACAGCUUUCACAGGAACAGCUUCCAGUGUGGUGUGAUGUGUCUGAGGAGGCUGAACUACGACAGGAAGGAGCUGGAGAGGAGGAGAGAGGAGACCCAGCUGGAGCUCAGAGACUUGCUGGUUUGGACGAACGAGCGCGUGAUCGGCUGGGUUCAGGCCAUCGGCCUCAAAGAGUACAGCAGCAACCUUUAUGAGAGCGGCGUUCACGGGGCGCUGCUCGCCCUGGACGAAAGCUUCGACCACAACUCGCUGGCUCUGCUGCUGCAGAUCCCCACCCAGAACACUCAGGCCAGAGCAGCUCUAGAGCGGGAAUACACCAGCCUGAUGGCGAUCGGUGCUGACAGGAAAGUAGAGGAGGAUGACGAUAAGAACUUCCGCCGCGCCCCGUCAUGGAGGAAGAAGUUCAGGCCCAAAGAUAUGAGGGGAAUGCCGCUGGGCGCAUCAGAUACCCUGCCUGCAAACUUCAGAGUGACGAGCAGCGCGGCGUCGCCCUCCAUGCAGCCAAAGAGAAGCCCGAUGGACGGAGGUCAGUCUAUACAGAGGCUGGACACUGCCACAGUCAGGACCUACUCUUGUUAACAAACAACGUUUAUCCUCAUUAUUUCUAUAGGUAACCGUUGGUCCGAGGAUGAAGGUGAAUUUCCUGCAUUCAGGACCAGGAUGAUGAACUGAAACGACUCUAAAAAGGAUGAUUUACCGACUGAAGAGAGACUUUUUACUGAGCGGAAACUUUCUAGAUGAAUCUAAGUGUUUAUGAUAUUUAUAUCCGGGGGGGGAUUGUAAUUCUGAGUUAACCGCUGUUUGUUUCUCUCCUCUUAAUAAGCCCUGCUUUCUAAAAACUUUUCAGAUUUCUGUAACUGAAUGUUUCUAUCAUCUGGAGUUUGUAUAUUUCUACCAGCAGACGUUUUAUCUAAUCUUUUUUUAUAAUCCUGGUUUUUUGAACAGAUGUAUGUUUUCCUUUGCUAAUCAUUGAAUUUAUUCUUAAGUGACUUUAAUAUGACACUAUAACUUAAUUCAUAUCCGUGACUCUUUUUUUUUAGCGUAUGACCUGUGGGUUUGUGUAAAUGGAGCUCUUAGUUUAACAGAUGUGUGAAGAUCAGAUUAAUUGCUGGAGUUUCGUAAAUUCAGUCGUCCGUCGCCUCGAAGCGAACUGCCGGUCAUCCAGGUGAUGAGGACGACGGAAAUCAUGUGAAACAGAGAUUUUCUGCUUUCCUUCUUUAUUUUCAUAUCUAAUACCAAAACAUGUUAAUCCUCCAGAGUUAAGCCAUAAAACGGUAGCAGGAAAACGUACCUGAAGGCUGCUUUCAGUGAAAUCAGACCUCCAGGUUUUCUUCUGGCCGCAUGAGGAGGCUCCCUCACUGCCUUCCCCUUUAAGAGAAACCCCCCCACCACCACCACCUCUGGAGACGCCCACGGACGACCCGGCUCCUUCAGGGGGGAGUCUGAAGUGCUGCGUCUCCUUCUAUGGACCAAGUUCACCGAGGCCUCAGCUGAUCCCCGCUGCCAUCACCACACAUCCUCCCAGGCGGUGCGAUCCUCCCAUUAACCUUUUUUUUUUUUUUUUCCAUCACUUUGUAGAUUUUAUACCAAGCCUUAUUGUUUACCCCCUUUCCUGUCUUUUAUUUAUUAUCAUCGAUUUAUGUUGUCUCGUCAGUUUGACCGUCGGAGCUAAAGCUCCUCUUCCUUCCUCACAAACUCGGGUUCCAAAGUUCGUAUUUAUUGCGAACAGGAAGGAACCGACGUGUCCUUUUUUUCCGUGUCUCACACAGAAACUGUUUUUUUUUUUUUUUAUUUAGUCAUUUAUGCACAAAGCGAAUCAUGUUGCUGUUUUUAUUCCUGCUUCUGUUGAAUCUUCUGAUCUUGUAACAAUGAUGUACAGUCUGAGUACUUAUAAACUAUUUUUAUCACAGUAUUAUUUAUUGCUUACUUUCAAUAAAAUACUGAAACUUAUUUUC